AACUCUGGGUGGCACAAAUUCUAUGUCAUUUAUUCAGAUAUUAGCAUUAAGUUAUGUUUGUUUUCUAAACAUUUUUGUGUAAAUUAUUAACAAAAACAUUUGCAAGAUAAUGAAGUUUCCUCCAAAAUUGGCAUCUCUUCUCUGCAAUAAAAGAAGGAAAAUUUAAGCCAACAACGAUCACAGAUCAGAACAACACGGGUCAGCCGGCUCCCCAGAUCUGCUUAAUCCAACUCUGGAGGACAGGGAAAGCUUGAAGUAUCAUCAACAAUGAUGACCAAUAUCACCAUCACUGUGACUGAAUUCAUCCUGCAUUGUGAAAUCCGAUAUGAGCAGAGAACCUUCACAGUCGCCAUUCUCUCUUUUGUCUAUUUAGUGACUCUUUUAGGAAACAUCUUGGUAAUUCUGGUCAUAAGAAUGAACAAUCAUCUCCAAACACCAAUGUACUUGUAUAUCAGUGCCUUAGCAGUUGUCGACCUAGUGAACAGCUCGAAUAUUAUUCCUAAAAUGGUCGCCGUUCUUUUAGACUUUGUUAUAGUUCCCUAUGGCCCUUGUCUGUUGCAGAUGUAUAUCGUUUUUUACUUGGAGUUUGUGGAAUCACUAUUUUUUGUGUUCAUGGCAUGUGAUCGGUUUGUUGCUGUGCUUUAUCCACUGCAGUACCCUUCAUUGGUUACAAAUAAAUUCGUUUGGAUGAGUAUUUUCCUAUCCAACGUUGUUGGUGUUAUAAUGUGUACACCAUACAUGAUCUUUGUCACUGAGCUGCAUUUUUGUGUCACUAACAUCCUGCCAUAUUGCUUCUGUGAUUAUGCCACAAUGGUACGUAUCUCCUGCACUGAUAAUCCCAAGUAUUUAGUCCUUUUGUCCACCACCGCUACUAUGUUUGGUGUUUUUCCCAUAGCACUAAUCCUUUUUUCCUACUUUCGGAUUGCUCAGGCAGCAUUAAAGAUCACAUCCGUGGAAGGAAAGAGGAAAGUUUUAAGCACUUGCAUGACCCACCUGAUGGUAAUGGGGUUGUUUUAUCUGCCAUUAAUGAUAUCAUACAUUUUACCAGGAAUUGGAGUGAAACUUUCCAUGGAGGUUUAUAAUACUCUGGUAAUUGUAGCCAAUGUAGUUCCACCCAUGAUGAAUCCUAUAAUUUAUAGCUUCAGGAAUACAGAAAUUAAGAACACUAUUUCCAAACUUUUUAUGGCAAUACGAACAUCACCAAAUACCAGUUAGCAGAACCAGUGUAUAAAAUGUGCAACAAUGGCAGGGAACAAAUGUUUGCUGAAA